AUGUUGACUUCCACUCAGCCCUCUUCCAAUAUCUUGGGAACUUCACCACGUCUAUCAUUGACUGCGAUCCGCUCACCGCGUAUUGAGAAGCGCUUAAGUCACACGCCCGCAGUCUCCCCGCUGCCCCUGAAGCACAGGCUUCCCCUGCAGUCAUGGGACAGCCAUAUGCAUGUCGUGGAGCCACAACGGUUCCCAGUCUCUAGAUCAGCAGUAUACCAACCAGCAGUCCACACCUUGGCUGAUGCUCUUGCCUUCGAAGCCUCUAUUGGCGUGAAGAACCUUGUUUUUGUCCAGCCUUCCAUCUACGGCACAGACAACUCCUGUCUCCUGGCCGCACUCACCAAACUGGGCCCAUAUCGGGGCCGCGGGGUCGUUGUAGUCGACCCUGAUAACAUUCAGACUGAGACACUAGAAGAAUGGCACGCACUUGGAGUUCGUGGUCUACGAGUGAACCUCCAAUCCGUCGGGAAGGUGAUGCAGCAGUCGGAGCUGGAGAAAACCUUACGUCAACACGCAGAUAUUGCACGACCCAGAAACUGGGUUAUAGAACUCUACCUUCCUCUAAAGAUGGUGCCUUUGUUAGAAUCUAUUGCGCCUAGUCUCGGAGUUACCCUUUGCAUCGACCACUUUGGCAGCCCAGAACUAUCAUCCCUUCCCAAAGGUCCGGACGACACCCCCUUCGAUCCCUAUCAACUACCCGGAUUUCGGUCGGUCAUCUCUCUCAUCCAAGGAGGAGAUACCUACAUCAAAGUAUCUGCCCCUUAUCGACUUACUGGUGACCAAACGCAACACCAGCUGAAGGCGAUGGCCAACGAAUUCCUAACCGCUGCCCCGAACCGAGUCAUCUACGCUACAGACUGGCCUCAUACCCGCUUCACUGGGAUCGACAUCAGUCCGUUUACAGAGUGGUGCUUAGAUCUUUGUGAGGAGGUGCCUGGACUCGCGGAGAAAUUAUUCAGGACGAACACAGAGAGGAUGUUGAGCGUGAACUCUAACUGA